ACAGUCCGGACAUUGCUGAGGCCCCCCUGGCAUGGCUCUCUCACUCCUACGAAAAUGGAGACUUGUAUCUCCGACUUCACUCUUCGCUGCUCGAAGUUUCAGAUCAAACGCAGCUCUCCAAGCCCUAACCAAAGCAUCCGAAGAAAGAACGCCAAACAUCGUCCUCUACAACUACCCAUCUUUCUCCGGAGCAUUCUCAGCUCUCUUCGCUCACCUCUUUCACUCUCAUCUCAAUCUCCCCUGUCUUAUCUUACCUUUCUCCUCCGUCGAACCACUCAGGAUUGAAGACUUGUGUAUUGAAGGGCUUAAGAAAUGCUACUUUCUUGAUUUUCUUGGUCCUAAAGGAUUUGCGGUGGAGCUUUCUCGGCGAACGAUGUGCGAGGCAAUAGGAUUUGAUCAUCGGAAAUCCGUGCUUUCAAAAGUUCCCUCCAAAGGAGAUUAUAACGAGAAUUGCACUUUCCAUGUUAAUCUUGAGAAGAGUAGCUCUACUGCUGUAUAUGAAUAUUUCUCAGCUAGCCUUCUACAGAUGAAAUCUAAUUGUGAGGGGGCCACAAGUCUACUAAACCCCAAAGACAGAGAUCGUGUCGAAAUGGUUCUAAAGUACAUUGAAGAUGGAAAUCUUCGUCAUUGGAGCUUACCAGACAUCAAAGCAUUCAAUGUAGGGCUUGGUGAAUGGCGUUCAAAGAUCAAUUGUGUCACUAAUCCUCACAUAUACAAACAGUUGCUGGAGAUAAGCUCUGUGGAUUUAAUUUCCAAGGGGAACUCUUAUUUUUCUAGUCGCCAAAAUGAUGCAAAAAAAUUUCUGGACAAGGUGUUUAAAGUUCAGCUGGGUAGAGGCUUUUAUGGGGAGUGUCUGGGCGUCAGAGCUGAUGGGAGUUCCAAUUUAAGCGAUGAAAUUGGCAAGGAACUUAGCAGAAAGAGUGCUGCUGCUGGGCUAAGGCCUAUAGGAGCAGUUGUUUACAUGCAACGGAAAAAUCUUAAAAUGUGCUUGAGGAGUACAGAUAGUUCUACCGACACUUCUGAAGUUGCAAAGGCAUAUGGCGGAGGAGGUUGCCCAAGUUCUAGUUCAUUUAUAAUAAGGAUGGAUGAGUAUAAUCACUGGAGGUCACUGCAUUCCUCAUGA